AUGCCUGAUGCUUCGAGGGACACUCCCAUGGGCGAUGACGGGACAAAUACUUCACCAAGCGAUCGACAAGGGUUAAGCCUUAGUACACGCAAUCGCAUGCCUUACUUCCGUUAUUUUGGGCCUACAGCUAUCAUGCCUGGAUUUAGACAGAUGAUGGUGAAAGUCAAGGAUAAACAUCACGGGUCUACGGCCACAACGUCGGAUGCCCUAGAGUCAACGUCCGGACAUGUUCCCUCUCUCGGCCACAUCUCUCCAGCAUUGCGGGAACAAGAAGCAGAGACUCCGUUAGCGAUACCGUUGUACGACACUUCAGAAGUCUCUCCCAGUCCGUUGAUCACGCAUCUUUGCCAGACUUUCUUCACCCACUUAGGAUACAGCUUUCCAUUCCUGCAGCAGGAACGCUUUAUGCGUGACCUCGAGGAGAAACAAGUUGAUGCUAUUCUCGUGGAUGCCGUUUGCGCACUGGCUGCCAGGUUCUCGAAAGAUCCGAUGUUGACAGGCAAAGCCAACCCACAACAAGACUCAGACGAAGAGAACGCUGCCGACAAAUCGACCACUUCACCCUCGGAGUAUGGUCAGGCAUUUGCAUUGAGAGCCCACUCGGCGAUUGUUGACACGUUCGCAUGUCCAAGUGUCGCGGUCGUGCAAGCUGCGUUACUGCUUGCCUACGAUGAAUUCGGCGCGGGCCGUGACAGUGGUCUCUGGAUGUAUCUUGGGAUCGCUAUUCGGAUGGCGCAGGAUCUUGGGAUGCAGAAACUGGAAGGACUCAGAUAUGAAGGCAGAAGCGGUCCGACACCCAGAUCGAUCAAGUCAGGUAUACCCAGUGGCAUCUCUCCCAAUACGAAACACUCAAACACCAGGACAACAAGCUCAAUCGAGAAACACUCGGAUCCCCAAAGCAUCAAGGAGCAGAGAGCUGUCGAGCGUGAGCGCAUCGAUACGUUCUGGGCAGUUUUCUUCCUCGAUCGAGUCAUUUCAAGCGGGACAGGACGGCCAGUGACCCUCCGAGAUCGGGAUAUCGAGAUCUCGUUUCCAUCAUUGGAGGAGAUUGAUCCCAUCACAGGCUGGCCUCUACCUUUCCCAGCGUUAAUCAGAAUCGUACAUCUCUACGGCCGAGCGACAGACGUGCUGAAUAGCAUUACUGAGGAACCAAACAUUACCGCGGAUGUGCUGAAGCGUUUAGCGUCAAUGGAGAACCAACUGACAGUUAUCUACCAAGGACUGUCUCCUCGUCUGCAUUUCAAUGCUCUUAACUUCCAGCAAUACGUCAAGAUGAGCCAAGGUCCCAAUUUUGUCUUGCUUCACUUUUGGUUCCACGCUUUGAUCGUGCUCCUCCAUCAGCCAACAUUGCUCAAAACUUUUGAAGGCAGGAUACAGCAUCGACUUUCCAAUAGCCGAGAGCUGUCCAUGUCCUCCGCAAAGACGAUCGCCGACAUCCUUGCGUUCGCGGAGCUUAUUGAUCCAAAGUCAGGGAUCGUGAAUCCUUUCACCAGUCAGCCUCUAUACAUCGCGGCAUGCGCUUUUCUUAAGGAGGCUACCCUCUACACUGCUUCUUCCAAUCAUCACUCGAGGCAUAACUCGCCGCCGGAGCCUCGACAUAGGGCCAAGCCUGAAACUUCCGGAGAUUCGCCAUCGACAGCGGGCAAUACACCUUCUGCUGAACACAACAAUGGCCACAAUGCCUCUGCUUCUACCGAGCGGCUUGCAACGGUAUCACUUAGCCAGAAGCAGGUAGCGAAGAGUACCUUAUUGGCUAGUGCGGCGAACCAGAAUUACCAGCGCUGCCACAAAGCGUUGCAGUCGCUGGAGACUUACUGGGCGGGCAUUAAAUACAUCCUGACCGUCCUAGACCAGAAAGCCGAAGGCGUGGGCGACCCCCUUCUCUACACGCGGGAAGAGAUGGAGAGUGCUCUGGAGGUACCGCGACCAGAGCUUGCGUUUACCACCCCGGGAUGGCGGCGAAAACCAUCUUGGGGCACGUACCUGGGCCCGCAAGGUUCAACGGACGGCGCUCAGGCACGUAUCGCCGCUGCCACUCACAGUACCGGCGCCAUGCCAGACAUGGGCGGACUGACCUCAUCGUUCGAUCCUAAUCAUGCAAUUGGCUGGUCUCUUACGGGCAAUAUGGAUUCCCCAAACACCUCGCUAGCCGUCCUCUAUCCGAACGAGACCCGCGACUCCACCAACAACCCAACCGCAAAGUCCAUCCUACCUCUUCCGUCCAGUUUCUCGCAAAGCAACCCAGCCCCUACUGCUCCAAUGUACGGCCGCAAUUCUUUCGAGCCCUCGAACAAUCCAGUACAGGACCUACCUCCGCCGCUCCCCGCUCACCCUAGCAACCAACCCUACAGCCAGGCAACGAUAUCGACUGUGCUACAUCCACCGAAUCCCUACGACCCCUCCCUCGUCUCCGACGCCGAUCUGCUACUCAACCUGCACUCACCCUAUCCAGCCAACUCGCCCUACCUACCGCCGAAUGGGAGCACGCUGCAAGGACCGCAUCAGCAGCAGACAUCUUCCAUGCAAAACGUCUUUGGACAUGUUAACCUCGAUGGCCUGCCGCCUCGAGGACAGUCGCAAGCGAUGAUGCCCUUCGGCGAUAUGAUGAUCGAGAGCCAGGAUAUUGACGUCUCGGCACUGGGCGCGGAUAUGAUGCCGUGGCUCGAGUAUCUUCCGCAUGAGAUGCUGGGGUUUUAUGAUGCUGGUGAUGGCGGUGGGGCGCAGGGGUGA